CGCCCCCAGCGCUGCGGGCCCGCCAUGGCGGCGGCGCGGCCGGCGCGGGCCCGGGCGCUGCUGCAGCAGAGCGUGUCCGCCCGGCUGCAGGUGCGGCCGCCUGAGCGCGGCGCCGAGGCCCAGUGGGUGGAGAUCCAAAGAGGGCUUGUUAUCUACAUAUGCUUCUUCAAAGAUGCUGAUGAGGAUCUCGUUCCAAAAAUCGUCAAUAUGCUGUUGAAUGUUAAAUUAAGUGAAAAUGAAAACGGCGAGUUCGUUUCUGUUCUUGAUUUACCAGGCGAUGUACUUAUCAUACCUCAGGCUACCCUAGGCGGUAAACCAAAGGGAAGAAAGAUGCAGUACCAUGCAAACAUUGAAAAAGAAAAAGGGUUGGAACUUUAUUCUCAGUUCGUGACUUUGUGUGAGAAAGAACUGGCUGCCAAUUCCAAAUGCAUGGAAGCAGGUGUUCAUGUCAAGCAUGGCACAUACGGAAACAGGCAGGUGUUAAAACUGGAUACAAAUGGACCUUACACUCAUCUGAUUGAAUUUUGAAAAAAUAAAUUGUAUCUCAGAUACAGUACUGGUGUCUUUUUUUCUCCCUUCCUAAGCAUUAAUGUGCUUGAAUGCUUUGGGAGAUAGAUACAGUGUAAAAAUUCAUCUGUACUGGUGUUGCCAAUGGCAUUGAAUACAAGGAUGCCUGAGACUGCUUUGCUAUAAUGAGUAUGCAUUUUAUACUCAUAUGCAUCUGAAGUGUGCUCAAAAUAAUUGUUAAUAUUGAUCCAAUAAUUUGAAAGGUUUAUUAACAAGGAUGGGUUAAUGCGUUUGUUUCUUACUAAAAAAUAAUGAAGUAUUUCAUGUAUAGCUUGAGUAAGUGGUUUAUAGAUUAGAAAAAAGAAUACUGUAAAUGUACUUAUGUUUCCAGAUUUCCUGAGUCAGUUUUUGCCUUUCUGUUUUCUAACUAUAAAAUGGCAAUGCUUUCUAACUAACCAAUACAUAGAAAACACAAAAUCACUGAAUUUUUAGCCUUUUAGAGAGUAGGUACUGAAUAAGAAAGUCCAUCCUCCUCAUCGAGAGUGUGUAGGGGUGGAAGACUUAAGGUAGUACUGGGCUGAUCAUGGGCUAUGUAGGGAAGAAUAAGUGAGGCCCAUCAAGAAACUAGCAGUACCACUGAAUUGCUUUCUUGAAGUUUGCGUUCUGAAAUCUCUGAUGUGUUUUGAUAGGCUGCUUGCUAUAGCUUGGUCUGUGUCCUUGUUACUGCGGUCUUGCUGUCUACUCAAGUCUUUCAUAAGAGAGCCUCAGGAAAAGAACAGAAACAUUCAAAUGAAAACAAAAGUAAAGAUGGUACAUUGUAUGCAACCAUCUCAUUGUUCCCACUGCCCCUAUUGCUUCCUUCAGGCUUUUUGUCUAUUGAAUCUGCCAGGCAGAGACUAGUUUUCAUUUUAUAGACAGUGUUGGUACAUUUGGGGCCACAUUCCCAGAUGACUCCCUAUGCAGUACUGUUAUAAACAUUAUUAACAGAUGGGGUUAAGAAGCUAUAAUGGGAAAUUCUCUCUUGUAAGGCAGUGAGAACAGAACAGCUGUAUUAAAAUGUGGCAAAUUCAAAACUGAUUCAAAUAUGCUUAUCCUGUGAGUCAAGUUUCUCUUUUACUGCAGCAUUAUGGCUUAGAAGGAUUCAAAGUGAAAUUAGACAUUUAUAUGGUUUGCAGUAAUUAUCCAAAAUUGCCAUUUAAUUAACAAAUUAUUCUGGAAAAGACCUAAAACCUCAUGGAUGAUGAGGUUACCAGCUUGUACAAUCCUAACUUGUAGGUCAGUAGUUACAAAAUUCUGUCCUUAUCUUUAUUUUUGUAGAAAAACAUUACUGAAUGUGUAAUCUGCAGACUCAAACUAUGUCAUGAGAAUUACAUUUUUUUUUUAACACAUACAAAGCUUGUAGUUUUGAUAAGAGAGUAAUGAGAUUUUUUCAGAUUACAUAAUAUAUGAUUAAUAAUUACAAAAUAGAUAAGGAUGUUGAAUUCCUGGCAACUGACACUCUCAGAGUUGAAAGCAACCAUUUACACAAAUGGCCUGGAAAUAUUAGCUAUUAGGUCCCAAAUGAUAUGUUUAUUCAUUAAUAAUUAACAGUUGUGAUAGACACAAUAUGAGUUAUGUUCUCAGUUCCUACUAGCAACAUUUAACUAAGAUUGUCUUGAUAUGAAUAACUAAUAGAAAUUCAUUUUAAUCUGUGUGUGUGGUAAAACAUUUUUAUUCCUCUUUCUUUUGGAGGUCAAAUCCUAAAAAGUGCUGACUUUACAGGACUUUCACAGACUUUACAGGAAUUGUGGGUAUUUAAUAUAUCUCAAGAAUUGAUCCUUUGAGGUAUAAUACGAAGUCUGCAGUUUUAAAUUUUUUCCUGUCUCCAGAAAGGUCUUUGGCAGCCUGGCAAUUCAUUCUCUAUAUUUCAAGAACUCUGUGAGUUCUAAGAGGGAUAGGCUUGAAAAUGUUUAGUGAAAAACAGACUUAAAACAAAACUCCAUCUCAUACGAUCUCUCAUAUAAAGCACAUAAAAUCAAAUAUAUAUUUUGGUUGUUCUUAGGACCAGACAGAACUCUAUAAUUUCUGUUACAAGGUGGAUAUUUUUGUAUUAUCUGCCCACUUCUGAUUUAUUUUUGUAACCAUCUUGGAAUACUGAUUUCUACUGUCUUCUACUCCAGUGAUUGGCAGCUCGUUGAAUAUUGUGCCCUUUGUACUGCUUUAUUUAUAUCUACUAUUGAUUCACAAUCCGUUUACUGAAAGAAGCCAUUUCUGAAUAACAUACUGGACUGUACUGAUGAAAAAAUCAAUUAAAAUCACUUUUUCAAAGCCAAA